UCAUGCUGUGCAGCAGUUCUGGCACAGAACAUAUAUAUCUGUUAGCACAGUGUCAUGGAGUGAGUUCCACAGAAAUGCCAAUAUGUCAUGGUCAGCCGGCAGGCCAUGGAGUAUUCAGAUGGUACAAAGUGGUGCUAUUGCUGCACUUGUAACAGCAUGAGGGCCAAGGAUAUAUCUGCCUGCAGGAACAAAUCUCAUUUGACAUGUACAGAAUUUCUGAGUCUCUAUCCGAAUUGUGUCCAUGCAAAAGCAUUGCAUGCGAUCGUAGAAGAUGAGAUGAAGAAUGAUUAUGUAGAUUCUGACAUGCAGCCAGUGGAUGCCUCGGACAUACUCAUUCCAAUCCCUUUUGAUUCGACCAAAUAUGUCUUCAAAGGGAGACAGGGGUUUACUGUAGUGGCAGGCAGAGACAGGAAAAUCUAUUGUUUUCUUUGCUCCUGUCACUACAGCUGCACCCAUGUGAAAGAGCUCAAAGCCCUCCAUCAGGUGCCAGAGGUCUUAGAGUUCAUUCAGGGCGUGGAGUCAACCACUGUCUAUAGGGAGAGGGCUAUUGCAGUGGUCUCCGAAGACAACAUCUGUUUUCAGAUUGCGGUGGAAGAGCAGGUUGUCUACUCAAACCCUCCAACAGAGCUUUUUGAAAGCGUAGGUGGGGUGCUGCAGCUCAUUCCACCUACAAAGGCCACGUGUGGGUGUGGAGCUACAACGAGCCAGACACCUGUAGUAGACGGACAGCCCCUCCUGUUCUGCAGCACUGCUGUGGUCCGUGCCCAGAGUAUGUGGUUUCCAAUGCUAUCCCCAUAA